ACGAAGACGAAGGAAUUUUCAAAAACCUUGACCCUCGAAGUCAAGUCCUGCUAAAGAUGUUCGGUCUGUGUGUCUGCUACUCGGCAAACAUCGGAGGGAUGGCCACACUGAUCGGCACGAUGCCGAACAUAGUUCUUAGUAGCAUGGUGGCAGAAAUGUCCAAAACCUCGCUGGUGACCUUUACCAACUGGCUGGCUUUCAGUUUACCUGUGACAGUACUGACACUGGCCGGUGCCUACCUCUGGAUGUGUAUUUUAGUUUUUGGAUUUCGGAACACGCUCACGUGCCGGCCGGUGAUCUCUGACCAGGAACUGAAGCUUAUUACGGAGACUGUCAAGGAAGAAUACCGCAGACUAGGGAGCAUUAGGUUUAACGAAGUGAUUGUUCUAGUGCACUUCCUCAUACUGGUUGUCCUGUGGUUGACAAGAGAUCUAGGAACUGUCCCCGGAUGGUCUUCGUUGUUUCAGAAUAGAUUUGUAUCUGAUGGUUCGGCCGCUAUAGCUGUUGCUACUAGUCUUUUUAUUUUUCCUGAACACAGACCUAAUGUGCUUUUCUUUAGACGGAAGGGAGACGACAGCCCGUCUUCAUCUACCCCAUCCAUUCUCAACUGGAAACAGACCUGCCGGAAGUUACCCUGGGGAGUUCUGUUUCUAACUGGAGGAGGGAUUGCUCUGACUGAAGCUGCCAAGAUCUCCGGGCUGUCAAAAAUCAUCGCCAGUAACCUGACCUUUAUACAACAUCUGCCCAUGUGGACAGCCGGUCUGGUUGUGACGGUUGUGACUUCUUUGGUGACUGAAGUCACUUCCAACACAGUGGUUGUCUUGCUGCUGCUGCCGAUCCUCAAAGACAUUGCAGUGACCUUGGCCAUGAACCCGAUGUACCUGAUGCUCCCUGCUACUCUAGCCUCGUCCUUGGCCUUCAUGCUGCCUGUAGCCACGCCCCCCAACGCUCUUGUCUUUUCUUAUGGAGAUCUGAAAUCCAUGGAUAUGAUCAAAUCUGGCGCUGUUCUGAACGUCAUCGGAGUCGUAGUGAUUGUGCUGGCUAUGAACACUUGGGGGUUUGCCAUCUACGAUCUAGGGAACUUUCCCGCUUGGGCGGUUCCUGCGGCCAUCACAGGGGAGACAACUAACUUCUCUGUCAAUUCGACAACGUCGAGUAAUUUUACAACAGUUGCCAAAUAG